GUGUCUUUCUUCAACCAAUGGCGAGUUGUAUUUCGACGCAGGCGCAGUUGACUACGCGUCGCACAUGACCCUGCUCAGUCAAAAACAAUGUGGUGCCCUUCUCUACAGAGGAGGUUUGUUCACACGUCGUUAUGUCUCCUGAGGAAGAUGAAGGGGAAGACUCCGGCAGAGCAGCGUUGGCUGCAGCGGCAGCUCAGUGACCCGUAUGUCAAAGCUUCUCACGCACAAAACUUCCGGUGCAGAAGUGCCUUCAAGCUGCUGGAGAUAGAUGACAAGUUCAGGGUGUUACAGCCUGGAUACAGUGUGGUGGACUGCGGAGCUGCACCUGGAGCCUGGAGCCAGGUGGCAGUUCAAAGGGUCAACUCAGCCGGGACAGGUGAGACAAGAGAUUCAGAGUUACCACGUGGUACAGUUGUUGGCAUUGAUCUGCUAAACAUACCACCUCUGGACGGUGCCCACUUCCUGUCCAAUCACGAUGUCGCUGACCCCACCACGCACGCCAAGCUGCUCGAGCUGCUCCCCAGCGGCCGGGCCGAUGUCAUCCUGAGCGACAUGGCGCCCAACGCCAGCGGUUUCAGAGAGAUGGACCAUGAGAAACUCAUCACUUUGUGUUUGUCUUUGAUAGACUUGGCGGGGAAGAUUUUACAGCCGGGGGGCUCUCUGCUUUGUAAAUACUGGGACGGGAUCCUCUCUCAGAAACUCCAGGAUAAACUCUCGAGUGUGUUCAGUAAUGUUCGGACUUUGAAGCCAAAUGCCAGCAGAAAGGACUCAGCUGAGAAAUAUUUCCUCGCUAGAAUGUACAGAAAGCCAAUAAAAUGAUGGUAGCUCUC